AUGUCAGGUGGUCCGAUGGUCAGGGCAGGAAAGAAGCGGGGUCAAGAGUCAAGCCAAAGGUCUAAAGCCAGAAAAUCCACAAAUAGGACAAAGGUUGGAGACAAGAAGCGUGAUCAGGAUUUGAGUCAAGGGUCAGAAACCGAGAAGUUUUACCGAGAAGCCGGAACCAGGAAACCGAAACCAGAAACAAGAAUCGUGAAACAGGAUCAGGAACACAACUCAAGGAUCAGGAAACAGAAUCAGGAAUUGGGGUCAGGAAGAUGGAUCAAGAGUCAGAAAACAGGUCAAGGAAUCUGGAUCAAGAGUCAGACACAAGGCUCAGGAAUCAGGACCAGGAGACUGAUGCAAGAACCAGAAAAAAUAAGUACUGACCAAGUUAAGUGAUUGGCUAUAUAUACAGAGAGCUGAUCUCUUUCCACCUUCUUGUCGGCAGAGCCCCCAGUGGCCAUAAAGAUGAGCUAGGACCUGGCGUCUUCUCGAUAGCUUCUCCAGCCGCCCAGCUGCCUCAAUCGGUUUCUGGUUUCGGUUUCCUGACCAUGAGGUUACAGAGUGGCAGCACUCGAGAUCCUGCUCCCAGGACGCCAUUUGCAUGCUGGAGCAAGUAA